AUGUCCGGCAAUAGAGUCCUCGGUGAACGGGACGUCAAUGUCACCAUGACCGAUGCUCAGCCUUUCGCUAAGGACGUCAAGAGCAUGGAGUACCAUCGCCAGGUGCUGCAGUCCCGGAUUGCUCAAGAGCCGUAUGUCACUGAUCUGUUGCUUCACGAUUUGUUCCAAGCAAUACAUCUCCCCGUCCGACACCAUCAUGAGUCCCUGCACGGCAAAACUUUCGGCACUGCGCAACAAACAAGUCUCCAAGUAGGUCUUGUCUUCAGCCUUUCCCUCGAACUGCCUGAUCCUAUAAUCAACCUCGACGAGUAUUCAAUAGAGCUAACCAGACGUGCCUUCAAUCUAGAGCCAAACCAAAGUCCCUCUUUGCCCAAGCGAGCACAAACAGAUUCCAAGGCGAGAAUCCCUUCGGCGCACAGCCCACUCAGAGCCAGAGCCAGAGCCCGCUGGGCACCAGAAAAGCCCCGGGCAAUGGCGUCUUGA